ACAUUUUCCUGCGCGUCCUUGGACUCAGACACGUCCAAUCGCAAGCCAAUGCAGGCCCUCACCCGUGCUUUCCGUCGCCUCUACUCCACUCACGCGGAGACGACGCUCCCAGAGCUUGCGGCGAAGGCCAGGGAAGAGUCUACUCCGCUUGCUGUACGCGCCCGUCGUCGCCUCAGAAAAGCACAGACAGCCCACAGCGACCUCUCGCCGACGGAGCAGGCAGCAUACGCCCGUGCCUACGCCAAGGGCACCCUUCUAGGAGAGGAUGGGGCAGAACUUACAGAGGCCCAAUGGCUUGACUAUCUGAAUGGGAGGCGUUCUCGGCAGCGCGGCAUGGUGUUCCAAGACGACAAGUCGGUCAAAAUCCUCGGCCAGCCCAUCUACCUGCCCAACAUCAUCUUCCGCCUCGUCCGCAACCAUACUCCAAAGGGCGAAGCUUACAAUCCAUACGAGGCCACUUUCCGCGUCCCGCACUCGCUCAACAAGACCGACAUCCGCUCAUACCUUUCUGCCGCAUACGGCCUCAGGACGACGUACAUCCGCACUGCCAAUUAUCUUUCUCCGCUCUACCGCAAUCCUAACGGCUCAUGGACGACCCGCUCGUACAAGUCGUACAAGAAGGCGGUCGUCGGUCUUGUCGACCCAUUCUACUAUCCCAAAGCCAUGGAAGACAUGAAACAAGAAGACAGGAGGGAACGGGAGAAGUGGCUGGACGAGCAUUUCGCGACCAAGACGAUAGAGAGGUGGAGGAAGCUGGAGUACAUGCGCAUGACUCAGAAGGGCAGUAAGGGCUGGCACAUGUCCGGCUUCACGCGUCGGGACCACAUCCUGAAGGCCGUUGCGAGCAGGCGCGCGCGGGAGCAGCGCGACGUGAAUAAAAUCUCGGAGCACAUGGCCAAGUCCAAGAUGGAGGGCAAGCCCGCGUACAUCCUCCAAGAUUCCUCCACCGUCCCCCCAGAAUCACAACCUUCCGCUUAGGGUUGCUUACUUACAGGUAUAGAACAAAGCUGUUACGUUUUAAUGAAGCUAUAAUGG